AUGUCUCGUCGAGUAAAACUCGUGCUAUUUUCAUCAACAUGCGCGAUAGUUAUUUAUGUUCUUCGUCGAUAUUAUCGAUAUGUGAUCCUAAGACGAAAACUUCGAAUAACAAAUUCGCCUGCAACACUUUCAGUGAACCAACGCUUCUAUCAUCAACUAUGUCGACUACUUCCGAUCCUUAUUCCACGAGUACGAAGUGAUUCGUUUGCUUUAUUAGCAAUACAUCUGACAACACUGGUGUCACGGACGUUUCUUUCGAUAUCCAUUGCACAUCUCGAUGGUGCUAUAGUUAAAUCUUUAGUACAACGAAAUCAUCGCGAUUUUCUUCGUACAAUCUGUAUUUUUCUACUUGUUUCCGUGCCAGCGAGUUUCAUCAAUAGUUUUAUUCGAUUCAUCGAAUCCAAGUUAGCACUGGCAUUUCGAACGAAACUAACUCGUUAUGCUUAUGCUGCUUAUUUUCGCAAUCAAACGUAUUACCGUGUAUCCAACUUAGACACACGUUUAUUAACUCCAGAUCAAAAUCUAACCGAUGACAUUGAGACAUUCACAACAACGUUGACGCAUCUCUUUUCUCAGUUGACGAAACCAUUUCUUGAUGUCGCACUUAUCUCAUGGACUCUUGUGGUAAUGGUCCAACAAAAGCAAACUGCACGGGGUCUCAAAGAAGUUCCUGUUUUAACGACAUUGGUGAUUUUUCUGACAUUUUGGGCACUUCGGAAACUUUCACCGCGAUUCGGCAAACUUGUCUCCGAAGAAGCGAGAAAACGUGGUUUAUUACGAUUUGCACAUGCAAGAAUUAUAACUAAUGCGGAAGAGAUUGCUUUUUUCGAUGGACACGAGGUGGAGAAAACUUGGAUUUUGAAGCUAUACAAUCAAUUGCGAGUACAAACAAAUGUAAUUAUUAAAAAAAAGCUAUGGUUCAUCAUGCUUGAACAAUUUCUAAUGAAAUAUUUCUGGCAUUCCUGCGGAAUGGUCUUCAUUGCCAUACCGAUGCUUUCAUAUCGUGACCCAGCACCAGCCGAAGAUUCUGUGAAUGAGUCAGUUGGAAUAAGCACUCGAACGGAAGAAUAUACGGUUAGUAAAAGUUUAUUACAAUCAGGUGCUGAUGCAGUAGAACGUAUUAUAUCGUCGUACAAAGAGAUUGCCGUCUUAGCAGGGUACACAAAUCGAGUUCACACAAUGUUACAUGUAUUUGACGAGUGUGCGAGUGAACGAUACCAACGAAUUCCAGUGACUACAGAUGAUCAAUCAAUCACAGCAAUACAACGGAGAAUUGUUUUGAAUCAACAAGCGAAAGGUGAAAUUAUUGAAUCCGUUGAAGAUAUCAUUGCUGAGAAUGUACCAAUUAUUACGCCUAAUGGUGAUAUCAUUGUCGAAAGUCUCUCUUUAAAGAUUACAUCGGCGAUGCAUGUUUUGAUCACCGGGCCGAAUGGUUGUGGAAAAUCAUCCUUCUUUCGUAUCAUUCGAGGUCUAUGGCCGAUCCAUUCUGGCCGUUUACAUCGACCAAAUCCAUCGAAUUUCUUUCUCAUUCCCCAGAGACCCUACAUGUGUCCGGGUACCUUACGUGAUCAGAUCAUUUAUCCACAUACAGUUGAUCAAAUACUCGUUAACGAUAAUGAUCUGAUGGAAAUUUUGAAUAAUGUUGAAUUGCAAUACAUAGUACAGCGCGAAGGUGGAUUGAAUGUCGAACGUGAUUGGAAGGAUAUUCUUUCAGGCGGAGAGAAACAACGUCUUGGUCUUGCUCGAAUCUUCUAUCACAAACCGAAAUAUGCACUUUUGGAUGAAUGUACUAGCGCAGUAUCGGCUGAUGUCGAAGGAAAGAUCUAUGAACGAGCUAAACAAUUAGGUGUUACACUGUUGACCAUCACACAUCGACCUUCUCUUUGGGCUUAUCAUACACAUUUAUUACAAUUUCACGGUGAAGGUCAAUGGACGUUUGAAGUUCUCAAUCCUGAAAAGCUCUUGACACUCCGAGAUGAGAAAGAACGUUUAGAAGCUCAACUGGCCGGUAUUCCUUCAAUACGACGGCGUUUAAGCGAAUUUUUUUUCCUCGCUAUCGAUAUAUCAUACCACAAGAGUAAAAUUAUGCAUAAAUUCACCGUACUCAUUCUUUCGGUCAUUCUUGUACAAUUGAGUUACGCAUGUUACAUCACCAAUUGUCCCAUCGGUGGCAAACGAAGUUCAUCCUUUAAACUCAAUCAUCUUACACAUGAUUGUCCUCGUUGUGGAAUGAAUGGGCAAUGCUUUGGACCAUCUAUCUGUUGCUCGAGUCUAGGUUGUCGUAUUGGACAUCCUUCGGACAUUCGUCAGUGUUCUGUUGAAAGUCAAAGCACCGUCCCAUGUUUAAUCAAAGGCGCAGUUUGUUCGACCGUACCAAAUGGUCGAUGCGCUGCUAACAGAGUUUGCUGCGGCACAGAAUUAUGCCGAAUGGAUGAAAGUUGCUCGAUAAUAGCAAAUCAAGAUGAUGAAUGA